AUGGAAAGGGAUUCUUCAGAUGAAGAGGAGGAUCGUGAGAAUCUGAUCCCACAAAACGACAGGCGAAAUGACGGUAUAAAAUCCCCAAAUCAUUCACCUGUUGCGAGUUUUCAAAUUGACGAUUUGAAGUCACGAAUCUUAGGUACCACGAGCAGGUUCAAUAAGAGGUACCUUUUCGCGAUUUUGUUACCACUCGUUAUUUUAAUUCUUUAUUUCACCACUGACUUGAAAAACCUCUUUCAAACCCACAUCUCGAUUCUAAAAAAUCCUGAUAAUGCCUCUGUUAAUCGGAUGCGCGAAUCGGAACUGCGCGCGCUUUAUUUACUUAAGCAGCAGGAAUUAGAGCUUUUCAAGCUGUGGAAUUAUACUGCAUUGGUAAAUAAUAAAUCAUCUUUGAGUGCGUUAAAUAAUAAUAAUGAUAAUUCGGGGAAUUCGAGUUCCAUUAGCAGCAUUACUAUGUUGGAGGAUCUGAAAUCCAAGUUGUUUAGUCAAAUUUCGUUCAAUAGGCGAAUACAAGGAGUUUUACUGUCGUCACAUGACAGUGGGGAUUUUGUUGAUUUCAAUAGCAAUUACUCCGAUGCAAGUUUUGAGGAUUGGAGUAGGUGUAGGAAGGUGGAUCAGAUGUUAUCAGAUAGGAGGACUAUAGAGUGGAAACCAAGAUCAAAUAAGUAUUUGUUUGCGAUUUGUGUAUCUGGGCAAAUGUCAAACCAUUUGAUUUGUUUAGAGAAGCAUAUGUUCUUUGCUGCCCUUCUUAAUCGGGUUUUGGUGAUCCCGAGUGCAAGGGUUGAUUACGAGUUCAGCCGUGUUUUGGAUAUUGAUCAUAUAAGCAAGUGUUUGGGGAGGAAAGUUGUAGUGACAUUUGAGGAGUUUGCAGAGACUAAGAAGAGUCAUUUGAAUAUUGAUAAGUUUCUGUGUUAUUUCUCAUUGCCUCAGCCUUGUUUUAUGGACGAUGAGCGUGUCAAGAAGUUGAAGGGGUUGGGGCUCUCCCUGAGUAAGGUUGAGGCUGUCUGGAGUGAGGAUACUAAGAAGCCAAAGCAAAAGACAGUUCAGGAUGUUUUGGCGAAGUUCUCUUCCAACGAUGAUGUUAUUGCUAUUGGAGAUGUUUUCUUUGCUGAUGUUGAGAGAGAUUGGGUGAUGCAGCCUGGUGGUCCCAUUGCCCACAACUGCAAGACUUUAAUUGAGCCGAGCCGGCUCAUUAUAGUCACUGCUCAGCGAUUUAUUCAGACAUUCUUGGGAAAGGAUUUUGUGGCUCUUCAUUUCCGGCGCCAUGGUUUCUUAAAGUUCUGCAAUGCCAAGAAACCAAGUUGCUUUUACCCUAUUCCUCAAGCUUCAGAUUGCAUCAGUCGAGUUGUUGAAAGGGCCAACACUCCAGUAAUUUAUCUUUCUACAGAUGCUGCAGAAAGUGAAAUCGGUUUGUUACAGUCAGGUGUAGUCUGGAAUGGUAAGACUGUACCACUUGUUCAGAGGCCUGCUCGUAACUCAGCUGAAAAAUGGGAUGCUUUAUUAUACCGACACGGGCUUGAAGGGGAUGCCCAGGUUGAAGCCAUGCUGGAUAAAACCAUUUGUGCUUUGUCUACCGUGUUUAUUGGAUCCGGAGGAUCCACAUUCACUGACGAUAUAUUGCGGCUGAGGAAGGACUGGGGGUCAGCAUCUGUGUGCGAUGAGUACCUCUGUCAGGGUGAACUGCCAAAUUUUGUUGCAGAAGAUGAGUGA